AUGGCCAGGAUUCAUAUUGUCAUCAUGUCCAUCCACACCAAGUUGCAGAGCAAGGAGCAUGUGAUUGAGGUCGUAUGCAGGACCAAGUUCAAGUUCCCUGGCCACCAGAAGACCCACAUCUCAAAGAAGCUCCAGACGAGUAUGCAAGGUGCCUUUGGAAAACCCCAGUGCACCAUGGCCAGGAUUCAUAUUGUCAUCAUGUCCAUCCACACCAAGUUGCAGAACAAGGAGCAUGUGAUUGAGGUCAUAUGCAGGACCAAGUUCAAGUUCCCUGGCCACCAGAAGAUCCACAUCUCAAAGAAGUGCGGUGACUUGGUGGCUGGGAGCCCGGCAGCGUCCGCACCCCGGGAGGGCACGCGCCCCUCUGCGCUGGGCCUCCAGUCGCCGGAGUCGCCCAAGACGUCGGGUGACUCCUCCCCCGGGGACCCUCCCUUCUGGGGCGUGUCAUCCUCCCCACCCCUGGAUCCAGACCCAGGCGGCUUCUCGCGCGCGAGCCACGCCGGGGACAAGUCGCGGCCACCUGCUCCGGAGCCCGCGCGCCCACGGCCCAUGGAGCUGCGGGUCAGCAACGCCAGCUGCCAGAACGGCUCCCUGAUCAACCUCUACUGCUCCUCCCAGAAAGUCCUGUGCCAGAUCGUUGGUGACCUCAGCCCUGAGGCGCCCAGCAACGCCACCUUUAUCAGCUGGCAGGAGAGGGUCAGGCAGAGCUAUGGCUUCUACAUCGGCCUGGGCCUGGCCUUCCUGUCCAGCUUCCUCAUCGGCAGCAGCGUCAUCCUCAAGAAGAAAGGCCUGCAGCGACUUGUGGCCACGGGGGCCACCCGGGCCGUGGACGGAGGCUAUGGCUACCUGAAGGAUGCAAUGUGGUGGGCUGGAUUUCUCACCAUGGCUGCUGGAGAAGUUGCCAACUUCGGGGCCUAUGCAUUUGCACCCGCGACGGUCGUCACACCUCUGGGAGCCCUGAGUGUCCUCAUAAGCGCCAUCCUCUCCUCGUAUUUUCUGGGAGAGACCCUGAACCUGCUGGGCAAGCUGGGAUGUGUGAUUUGUGUGGCCGGCAGCACAGUGAUGGUGAUACACGCCCCUGAGGAAGAGAAGAUCACCACCAUCAUGCAGAUGGCUUCCAAGAUGAAAGACACAGGGUAUAUCGUGUUUGCUGUGCUCCUGCUGGUGUCCUGCCUCAUCCUCAUCUUCGUCAUCGCCCCGCGUUACGGGCAAAGGAACAUCCUCGUUUACAUCAUCAUCUGCUCUGUGAUCGGUGCCUUCUCCGUGGCUGCUGUCAAGGGUCUGGGCAUCACCAUUAAGAACUUCUUCCAGGGGUUGCCGGUGGUGCGGCACCCACUGCCCUACAUCCUGUCCCUCAUCCUGGCGCUCUCCCUCAGCACUCAGGUCAACUUCCUCAACAGGGCGCUGGACAUUUUCAAUACCUCCCUGGUGUUCCCCAUCUAUUACGUGUUCUUCACCACGGUGGUGGUCACCUCUUCCAUCAUCCUCUUCAAGGAGUGGUACAGCAUGUCUGCCGUGGACAUCGUGGGCACCCUCUCGGGCUUUGUCACCAUCAUCCUGGGUGUGUUCAUGCUUCAUGCUUUCAGAGACCUGGACGUCAGCUGGGCCAGCUUGCCUCACACGCACAAAAACCCACCCCCUCCUCCUGCCCCGGAGCCCACUGUCAUUAGACUGGAAGACAAGAAUGUCCUUGUGGACAACAUAGAACUUGCCAGCACCCCAUCACCAGAAGAGAAGCCCAAAGUAUUUAUAAUCCGUUCUUAA